GGAGGAGGAAGAAGCAGCAUGAAGCGUCCAGCCGCCACCUAGGCUCAAACACGGCUUCCCUGGUUGUCUCGCAAGGGAUGCAAGAUGGAGGCGAACCAGCACUUUCUUUGCGGGGUGGUGGAAGGUUUCUAUGGGAGGCCAUGGUCUAUGGACCAGAGGAGAUUUCUCUUCCAGUGGAUGCAGAAUUGGGGUUUAAACACUUACCUGUAUGGUCCAAAAGAUGACCUGAAGCAUAGAUUGUUGUGGAGAGAAGUCUAUUCACCUGAAGAGGAAGGUCAACUGCGCACUCUUAUCACGGAGGCCCAAUCGAGAGGCCUAAGGUUCGUUUACGCCCUCUCUCCCGGUCAGGACAUCGUCUUCUCGUCCUCCUGUGACCUGACUCUCCUGAAACGCAAGCUGAGACAAGUGUCUGACCUCGGUUGCCAGGCCUUCGCCAUCCUGUUCGACGACAUCGAUCACUCCUUGUGUCAGGCUGACAGUGAGGCCUUCUCUUCAUUCGCACAUGCUCAGGUCACCGUAACCAAUGAGAUUUACCGCUUCUUGGGGGAGCCGCCCGUCUUCCUGUUCUGCCCCACAGAGUACUGCAGUUCUCUGUGUUCCCCCAGCGUGCAGAAGUCUCCUUACCUGCAGACUGUUGGCGAGGACUUGCUUCCCAACAUCACAGUAAUAUGGACAGGUAGCAAGGUCAUCUCUCGGGAGCUUUGUGUGGAGCGCCUGGCCGAGGUGGAGUCCGUCCUGCAGCGCCCGCCGCUCAUCUGGGACAACCUGCACGCCAACGACUACGACUCCCGCCGGCUCUUCCUGGGUCCAUUCAAGGGCCGCGAGCCUUGGCUGAGACGCCACCUGAGGGGCCUUCUCCUCAAUCCCAACUGCGAGUUUGAGGCCAACUACAUCCCGCUGCACACGCUGGCAAGUUGGUACAGAGCUGGAAGCCAGGAGAGCAAAGAUGAGGAGACAGAUUAUUGUCCCGACAGAGCUUUGUCUGCUGCAUUACACGACUGGAUGGAAGAACUCAACCAACCUCUCCAAGCAGGUCGGCAGCGCGCACGAGCAGAUCAGCGCAGUUCCCGAUCCAAAACCCCGGACGGAUGCGACUGCACCGCCACCUUUCGAGGGAGCUCUGUGGUGGCCAAACUCCCCGUGUUCCCCCUCAACUCAAGCUCGCCCCCUCCCUCACCCACUAAGAGCAAAGGGGAGAGGGAGGUCCAAGAGGGCGGGAAACGGCAGCCGGGUCAAGCCAACAACCGAGCGCCGGCAUCCAGGUCCGGCGCUCCUUCAGGGGGAGGCCGUGGACAUAAGGCCCGUGGUCGAGGUCACUCCGGUGGGAAGGGCCUUCUGAGCGAAUCCCAGGUGCGGCUGCUGGUGGGCCUCCAUUAUCUGCCUCACGAGCAUGGCCCGUCGGCCCAGAAACUUCUCCAGGAUCUCACCUGGCUCAAAAGCAACUGCCAUCUGGUCUGUGCCAACAGCAAGAAGAGUUCACCUCACAAGGUGGAUGAAUGGCGGGGUCGGGCCUCUGAGUUCCUGUCUCUGUGCGAAGACAUUGCGCAGUUGCACUGCAGCGUGGUGGGCGGGGCCAACCGGGCUGUGCUGUAUGACCUUUACCCUUAUGUGUGGGACCUGAGGAACAUGGCACUUGUGGCCAAGGCCUUCGUAUGCUGGCUGGAUGGUCGGGUCCUGAAUGACAGCGCCACCUUGGCCUCCUGGAGGAAUUGCUUCCACUUGUGCGGGAAGACCGCAGGAACGGACGUGCUGCGAGAGGAGUCGGAGCCGUGGGCGUUUAAAGGAGGCGUAUCCGGGGAAGUGCAGAUGCUUCUCCCAAUAGGCAGCAGCAGUGAACUCUUCACUCACCCUCCUCCUCUCUUCCCCACCUCGCGUCUCUACAACAUCAGGCCCUACCGCAGUAAGGACAAGGUGGAGUUGUACCGGAUGGUGCGUCAGCUUCACCUGAGGUCUCAGUGUGGCCAAGAGUCGGGUGCGUCUCAUCCGGAUGUCGUAGGAGACAGGUGCCUGGGAGCAUGCCUGGCCUUGUGCCCCGAGUACAGCUUCAUCUUGGAGGAUGAGCUGGGCGUGUGCGGUUGCAUUUUGGGCAUCCUGGACGUCGGCUCUUUUGCCAAGAGGUGUCAGGCCAGCUGGUUGCCCGCCAUGAGGGACAAGUACAUGCCCAACGGAGGGCACGCAAACACGCAGGACUUAAUCAAGCUGAUGGAGGAGGACCAGGGAGAGUAUCCGGACUCGCUCCUCUGUCACUUCCCUUCCCAGCUGCAUCUGGACAACCUGCCCGAGCCGGUGGACGUCAGCGUCAGCCGCACCCUGCUCGUCGCCCUCCUGGCGGCCCUCAAGGCCAACGGUUCUCAGGGCGUGUUCUGCGAGGUUCAGCCCACCGACCGCCAGAGGCUGGAGUUCUUGACUAAACUGGGCUUCCUGGAGAUCCUCAGAGGGGAAGCCAGGAGCAGAGAGGGCCUGCUGAUGGCCAGGCUGCUUUGAGGACAUCGUCUCUGACAUGCACACGCUGAAAAAGUCACCUGAGUUCAAACACACGCACACCCACAUGUCAAGACAAGCGUUCAGUAAUGAUGUACUUCUUUGCUUCAUGGUCGAUUUACAAAAUCAAACACUGCCGAAUGUUUUCAUCUUUAGAUGUCGUCUAAAGAUGUCGAGACAAAAAUAAUCAUAACGAGGUGGGAGCAGAGUGUUCGGAUCAAGUCUGGAUUGAAACUGGCUUUAAUUCCACCCCAAACUGUAACGUGUGUCCUGCAUCCAAAUUAGGACGUCGUCUGCUAGCUCCUGGAGAAUUUUACACGUGCUUAGUUUAGAUGGGUGUUUAUAUGCAUGAAACGUUGUGUGGCUAUUCAUAAAAAUACAUUAAAAAAAGACAUGAAAAAGAAAGCUUUGAUGUAAAAGUCACAGAGCUGUUUCAGCCGUGGUAGUUUUGAAGUCUUAGGGGAAAACAUACUCCGAACGCUCGUGCAUGUGAAUGCAAACUACAUAGGAAUCAUCACCCGCGCACACACAGAAAUGUUUACAUGGGCUUUUUCUGAAUUCAACCUUGACAUUUCACCACAGGCCAAACGAGCUGCCGUUGAUGUCGCCUCCCUCGUGAAAUUACAAAAAUGACAUCAUCAAAUGAGCAAAAACCUGCGGCAAGAAGCACAAACGACAGCACUCGCACUUCACCCUUCAACUCAACGUACGCACGAAGAAUGGUCCUUCGCUCAACAGACAAAACGUUUGUUCAAGUAUUUUGUAUUCAUACUUUGCUUUUGGUUGGUUUCUACAAUUCACGCUCAACCAAUCAACCAAUCAAUCAAUUACAGACUGAAAAGCACUUUUGUAUGUUUCUUAUGACCAAACGCAUCAACGCUUCAUUUUUAAGAGAAUAAAGUCCCACAUCUGAAAGCAUGUUGAUUCAAAAGAAAAGAACUAAAAAGCACUGUGGCAGAAAAGCUCAUAGGCGUAAUUAUAGAAGCCAUUUUCAAAUAAGUGGAUGUGGGGCGUGUUUAGGCAAUAAUGCUGGGAAAUAUAUUGAAAAUCAUCCACAGCGGCAGCAUUGUGGGAAAAGAACGUGCGGUUAUUCCUUCACUUGUGCACAAUAAUAAUAAUAAUAAUAAUAAUAAUAAAAGUUGC